AGCAAAAUGCUUCCCAUUAAUUCUCAAGACUCGACUCACUCUAUUGAAAUGCCUAAUAUUAGAGAUGAAGAAGAUCCAGUCAAUAAGAAGUAUUCAUCUCUUCUCUCUCUUAUUAUCCAAUCUCGUCUACUACGUAGAAUCCGGAUAGAAGAUUCAAGAAAGCUUAUUCAUAGCAUUAAGGUGGGAUUUGCUCUUGUUUUGGUUUCAUUACUCUAUUUUCUUCAGCCUCUUUUCCAGCAAGUGGGUGACAAUGCCAUGUGGGCCAUCAUGACAGUUGUUGUUGUGUUCGAGUUCACUGCAGGUGCUACACUAAGCAAGGGUAUAAAUCGUGGUGUUGGCACUAUCAUAGGUGGUGGAUUGGGAUGUGUAGCAGCACUUAUAGCACAAAAGAUUGGUGGUAUCAGUAGGGCCAUCACUAUCAGCACGUCAGUGUUUGUCUUUGGUGCAUUAGCAUCAUAUUCCAGAUUGGUUCCGAGCAUAAAGAGGAAAUUUGACUAUGGAGCCAUGAUCUUCAUCCUCACAUUCAAUCUAGUCGCAGUCUCCUGUCCCCGUGGUGAAGAGAUCAUCAAGAUAGCAGGUGAUCGUCUCUCGACAAUUGGAAUAGGUUUUGCUAUUUGUGUGUUUACCAGCGUAUUCAUCUUCCCAAUAUGGGCCGGUGAUGAGCUUCAUCGCUCAUUAGUCUCUAAAUUCGACAAUAUUGCUCUCUCAAUCGAAGUGUGCCUGAAGGAGUACUUCAAACCGUUAGAUUUAAAAACGGAAACUCAUGCAAGUGCCGGUAUCAGCAGCUACAAAUCUAUGCUACACACCAGACCAGCAGAUGAGAUGAUGACCAAUUUUGCAAAAUGGGAGCCAUGGCACGGGAAAUUCGGCUUCUCAUAUCCUUGGGAUAAGUACUUACGUCUUGGGGAAUUACUUAGGGAGUUAGCUGCUUGCGUCCUUUCAUUAGAGGGAUGUAUGCACUCUCAUAGACAGUCACCACCAAGCCUAAAGUUGGCCAUUAAGGAACCAUGUGAGGCAAUGGGCAAAUUGCUAAGUUUCUCACUAAGAGAACUCAGUGACGAUAUCUUCAACAUGCACCAAUGUCUACCAUGGGGAUUGAUUGCGGCAAAGUUACGGCUAAUGAGAUUGGAACUAAUUUCAGCAAUUUCAGUCUCCAAUCUAAGAACCCCAGAGAACGGAAAUGGCACCACUGAUGAUGCACUUCCCAUUGCAAGCUUUGCAUUCAUCUUAAUGCAGAUGGUGGACAAGGUGGAAGCACUGGCCAAAGAGGUAGAGGAAUUGGGAGAUCUUGCAGGUUCUUUAAUUCAUUAAUAUGAGCAUUGUAUGAUCUAAUAUGUCACAUUUGUUCAAGAUCCAAUCCGUUCAUCAGGCGAGUCCCACCAUUCAGAUGUCUUGUAUAUAAAAUUACAUCGGAAGGGCCAAACAUGUAUUUGCCAAUUCCUUUUCAUCCUAUACUUAUUGGGGCCCUCUUGAUCAUCAUAACAAUGACUUUUUAGACAAGGCAUGUAUAUGAUGGGAUCUGCCUGAUGCGUAGAUUAGAUCUGGCACAUGUGUCAUGCUAGCAUGUGUUAGAGGCGAGUAGCAAAAGAGUGCACAAGUUGGAAGGCACAUAGCAUUCGUCCAUAAGUUUAUGGUGUGAUGAUUACCAAAAAAUGAACUGCAGUUGUAAUUAGCAGAUGCGAAGAUGAGCAUCCAAAUCUUAUAAAUAAUUGCAGUUUACAUUAUUAUGAAGCAAGUUUUAUGUAUGUAAGAAAAUCAGUUGGUGGCUUAAGGACAAUGAAAGUUCUUGUGGGUA